UGCUGGCAUGAGGCACUAGACGCAUUUUCUCCCAGCCCUUUCCCUGUCGCCUGUGCUCCUUGAUUUCCCCCGAAACCAGCCGAAUCCUGCAUCCUCGCGAUUUUGGGGGAAAAAUAGCCGAGCGAGCGGGCUAAGUCAAUGGCGUCCCUUCUCGCGUCGCCAGCCACUCUGGCUGGUUCUCGAACCGCAGCACUCGCCAAUGAGCAUCUUCCGCACCUCCCGAGCCGGCUAACAGCCCGACCCCAAUCCCUGCGGUUUCUCGCUCCUCAGAGGCCAAUAGCAGCUCAGGGUGGUGCAUCUCCGGCACAAGCAAGUGGUGCUCUCAGCACUGCCAGCAGCAGCAGCAGCAGCAGCAGCAAGCGGCUGUCAACGGUCGCCCAUGCAACGCAGCAGCAGAAGUCGUCUGGCUCCGCUGCAGCUGUGGAGGACAGCAAGAUCGACUUCGGCGACUUUUUCAACGGCGAUUUACCCAAGAAAUUCCUCAUGCUCCUGGGUCUCCUCGCCCUCUCCCGCGUCGGCAUCUACAUCCCUCUAUGGGGGGUCGAUAUCUCCGCCUUUCAGCAACAACUGGGGGAGGGCUCAUUCCUAGCCACCCUAGAUACUCUCUCCGGGGGCGGGAUUGGACGGCUGGGAUUGUUUUCGCUGGGCAUCGUGCCGUAUAUCAACGCUCAGAUCGUGUUUCAGCUGCUGGGGACGCUGUACCCAAAGCUAGGCGAUCUGCAGAAGAAGGAGGGGGAGGCGGGGAGGAAGAAGGCUCAGCAGUACAUGAAGUAUAUGGCUGUGGGCUUCGGCGCACUGCAGGCUAUCGGCCAGGUGGCCUACUUGCAGCAGUACGCCUACGACCCCUCGGUCGCCUGGGCAGUCUCAGCAGUCUCAGGCCUCACCCUCGGCGCCGUGGCAGUGAUCCUCCUGGGGGACAAGAUCACCGACCUCAAGCUGGGAAACGGCACGUCCCUCCUUAUCUUCACUAACAUCGUGUCUUAUCUCCCGGCGUCAAUUGGGAGGACCGUGUCUGAGGCGACCGAGCAGGGGAACUUCACCGGAGAGGCUCUGCUGCUCGCGUCCUUCCUGUUUCUGGUCUUCGGGAUCGUCUACGUGCAGGAGGCAGAGAGGCGCAUCCCCAUCAACUAUGCGUCUCGUUACAACGUUAAAACGCGCAACGCCUAUCUGCCGUUCAAGGUCAACUCCACAGGCGUCAUGCCCAUUAUCUUCUCCUCCUCGCUCCUCGCUGCUCCCUACUCCAUAGCUCGCUUCACCGGCAGCGCUGCCUUCCAGUCCGCCGCCACAGCAUUGUACCCUGGAGGCCUCCUGUAUCUCCCUGCCAACGUGGCAAUGAUUGCAUUCUUCAACUACUUCUACACAUUCCUGCAACUCGACCCUGCUGACGUCAGUGACCAGCUCAAGAGGCAGGGGGCCUCUGUGCCCAACACGCGGCCGGGCAAAGCCACUGCUGCGCUGAUCACCAAGGUUCUCACACGUAUUUCCGUGCUUGGGUCGGCAUUCCUUGGCACGAUGGCUGCAGCGCCAGCUCUAGUGGAAGGGAUCACCCACCUCACGGCAUUCCGGGGGUUUGCUGGCACAUCCAUUCUCAUUUUAGUUGGCUGCGCCACGGACACAGCCAGGAAGGUGCAGGCGGAGCUGGUUUCGCAGAAGUAUAGGACGAUUGAGCUGGACGACAUCAGUGCGGGCGGGGGAGGGAUCCCGCCUCCCAGGUAAAGUGGACAAUAUAGAAUUUCGUGUCUGGUAGUUUUUGUGAACCACGUAGUUGGAUGCCACGAUAGUGGACUUCAGGUGGAUUGAACUUAGGAUGACAUUGAAUGAAUGUUUUUAGUAGAAAAGCUUCAUGACUAGAAGCUUGAGAAGAUCCUAACUCAAGUUUUGGACUUCUGGAUGUUUUUUGCCAAGGCGUAUGUUUUCAAUUCACUUU